AUGAACCUGUGUGGAAGAAUACUGCUGACCAUAUCAUUCGUUCUGGCCGAAAUUAUAGUGGCCGAAAUUACCAAAUGGAUCGAAAACGGGCGGCCUACGGCUCACAAAUGUCUCACCCGCGACGACGCGAAAGAAAGCGUCGCCCCGCCGUCGACGGCCUUCGUGUUUAUUCGUGAAGCUUCCGCGACGACGUCCUCGUUGAUAGAGCACGAUGGUUACGUGCGCACCAGUCGGCAU